AUGCUUCGCGCCCGCCGCUACCGAGCGCAUCUCGUAUUCGCCGCCAUCUUUCUCCUGGCUUUACUGCAUUUCACUCGGUCGCGCCAUUGGUCCGACUCGGUCAUUCUCGAGUCUCCGGGGGAUAAGCCGUCUGCGCCCGCCCAUCCCAAUGCUAAACUAGACGAGUCAACGCCGCCAUCGAAACCUCCUGCCAACAACAAUGCCUACAAAUACACCCCGUUCGUGCCCCACGACAGCUCCCCCGGAUCGACAUCAUCUACCGAGGAACUCCAGAAACCCAAGGAGCCCGCCACGCCAAACACUCAUGUGAAUGGAGAAUCGUCUAUCAAGAAUAAUGAGCCAUUGUCCGUUCCCUCGAACAAAUACGGCGCCGGCGACUCAAAACCAGACACAAACAACGAUAAGCGACCAUCCUCCUCAUACUACACGGAGGGGUCGCAAAAGGCCCAGAUUCCUCCCCCAAAGUUGGAAUCGUUGUCGGACGAGGCCGCCGAAGAUGAUGCACGUUACAAGUCAACACUCCCCGCCGUCACAGCCGAGGAUACGACGCCGCAUUGGAAGAAAUUCCCUGAGAAAUACCCCGUUUCGCCGGCCAAUCUGAUCAAGCUGCCCAAGGGUCCGGCCCAAUCCAUCCCCAAACUGCAGGCCAAGUUCAAGGAUGAGUCGACCGUCGACAAGCAGGAGCGGCUACAGCAGUUAAGUGCAGUCAAGGCGGAGUUCGUGCAUGCAUGGCAAGGGUACAAAACGUACGCCAUGGGUGAGGAUGAGCUCAUGCCGCUGACCGCGCAGGCGAAGAAUCCCUUCAUGGGCUGGGGUGCGACAUUGGUGGACUCACUUGAUUCACUCUGGAUUAUGGAUCUGAAGGAUGAAUUCUCAGCAGCCGUGGAUGAGAUCAAGAAGAUUGACUUCACAACCUCCGCUUACCGAAAUGAUAUUCCUGUCUUUGAGACCGUGAUCCGGUAUUUGGGCGGCUUGUUGGGUGCGUAUGAUAUCUCUGGUCAACGCUACUCUGGCUUGCUGGAGAAGGCCGAGGAAUUGGCGGAAAUUCUAAUCGACAUCUUCGAUACGCCGAACCGCAUGCCUGAAUUAUAUUAUAGCUGGGGCGCCAACGAGAAACACCGUGGGCACGCAGCUUCAAUGACCUCUGGUCUGGCCGAGAUUGGAUCUCUUUCAAUGGAAUUUACCCGCUUGGCACAACUGACCAAACAGGACAAGUACUACGAUGCGAUUGCCCGUAUUACCAAUGAGCUAGAAUCUCUGCAAGAUUCUACCAGCAUUCCUGGCUUGUGGCCCAUGCGAGUCAACGCCCGGGGUUGUGCUACGGCUGCUGGUGCCAAUGUUGGCGUUGGUAGUCCCACGAAGGGGUCGCCCUCACAUUCGAAGCGCUCGAUGAACACUACUAGUAAUCUCGAGUACCCUGGCAGCAUGGAAUUGAAGCGGGAGGCCGAUCUUGACUUGGAGGCUGCGGAACCUGCUACCUAUAACCAUGGUUCGAGCAGCUCGAGCAGCGGCACAAGCUAUGAUGAUUCUAGUAGUGCAUGGGAAUCUAGCAGCGCUGAUACUUUGACCUCUGAAACCCAAGAAGAGGACAAAUGCGAACUUGGUCUGCAGAUGCCCGCGUUUGCUCGUGACAACAAGUACACGAUGGGUGGCAUGGCCGACUCGACCUACGAAUACCUGCCCAAGCAGUUCCUCUUGUUGGGAGGUAAGAACGACCAGUACAAAAAGAUGUAUACCAAGGCGAUGGAUGCCAUCCGCAAACACCUCAUCUUCCGGCCCAUGACCAAGGGAGCCCGUGAUAUUCGUUUCGCCGCGGCCACUGGACCACUGGCCCUGUUAAACAAGGAGGGCCCCUUGCCUAAAGAUCUCGUCUAUGAAGGCGCACAUCUCACAUGUUUCAUCGGUGGCAUGGUUGCCGUUGGUGCCAAGAUCUUCGACCUCCGCAGCGACAUGGAGCUCGCGUAUAAGCUGACUGAUGGCUGCGUGUGGGCAUACGAAUCGACCACAACCGGCCUCAUGCCCGAGACUUCCAAGAUGAAGCCUUGUGGUGGAGAGACUCCUUGUGACUGGGAUGAAGCCCAUUAUGCUAGCCCUUCCUUGUCUGACCAUGUUGACUAUCGGGACUCAGAGGCAGCAGCUCAGUUCCGUAGCGGCGAGAGCACUUACGGAGAGCGCGUGAAGCUGAACUCCCAAAGUCGUCCGUCAAAACCUGCUGCUGCUGCCGCUGCCGAAGAAAUUGCUGUGCCUCUUCCCAUGCCAGGAUCGCUGAACCCUCAUGAUGAUGGCCUUUCCUGGAAGCGCGAUCUGUCCAAUCUUGGUGCAGCCGCAACAUCAGAUGCCCACCCUGUUGCCAAACCCACGCCUACUCACCGCGCUAGCGACGCGGAUAGUGUCUUGAACAGGGACACCACAGGCGCCCCGGGUACCGCUAAGGCAAACACCCCCUCGCGAACUAGUAUCUACGAUCGUUUACCGCCUGGGAUGGCCAGUAUCGGCAGCCCUGGCUAUUACCUACGGCCCGAGGCGAUUGAAUCCGUCUUUAUCAUGUACCGAUUGACCGGCGACAAAUAUUGGCGCCAAAAGGGUUGGAAGAUGUUCCAGUCAGUCGUGAAGCACACCCACACCGAGCAUGGCAACGCAGCCAUCAACGACAUCACGUCCGAGAAACCUCUGCACAAGAAUUCAAUGGAGUCAUUCUGGCUGGCUGAGACGCUCAAGUACUUCUACCUCCUGUUUGCCGACCCUACCGUGCUCGACCUUGAUAAAUACGUCCUCAAUACCGAGGCACACCCCUUCUUGCGCCCGAUUUCAUGA